UUUUCCGAUCCAUUUCCCUAUAAUAAGCCUAUAUAUAAUAGUACCAUAGUACUGCACACACACUAAAAUCCUCCAUGAACAUUUUGAAUGUUAGUUGAAGGAUCCAAUCCCGCCAUCCAAAUCAACUCCAGAGCACUCCAACAACAUCUCUUUGCCCUAUUGCGAAGCUGUAAAUCCAUCAAACACCUCACCCAAAUCCACUCCCAAAUCAUUACCAAUGGCCUCACUCAGAAAAGUUUCAUUCUUGUCAAGCUCCUGUCCUUCUACAUUUCCUCCGGCCAUCUCCACAACGCAACCCGCGUCUUCAACCAAGUCCGAAAUCCGAGUACCAAUAUUUGGAAUCAGAUUAUUAAAGGGUAUGGCCUAAGCCAAGAACCACAUAAAGCUGUGGAAUUUUUCAGUGCAAUGGGAAAAUCCGAAGCUUUACCCGAUGGGUAUACGUUUUCUUACGUAAUUUGUGGUUGUACCAAAGGGGUUUUGUUGAGUGAAGGGAGGAUGGUUCACGGAAAGGUUUUGAAACAUGGGUUCUGCUCUAAUGUGUUUGUACAGACUAAUUUGUUGAAUUUUUACUCGUGUAGCGGAGGGGACAACGGUAUUAGGAAUACCCGGUUUCUGUUUGAUGAAAUGACCGACAGAAAUGUUGUGACUUGGAAUUCGUUACUUUCGGGGUAUAUUAGAUGUGGGGAUGUCGAUGGCGCCCGUCAAGUUUUUGAUGAGAUGCCUGAGAGGAAUGUAGUUUCUUGGACAACUAUGAUUGAUGGCUAUGCAACAAAUGGGAGGUUUAGACAAGCCCUUGUGUUAUUUCGGCGUAUGUGCAGGUCCUGUGUGGACUUUGAUCAGGUGACUUUGGUGGUGGUUCUAUCCGCAUGUGCCGAGUUGGGUGAUUUGAAUACUGGGAGAUGGAUUCAUCUUCUUGGCUUAAAGUUUUCGAGUGAUAAAGGACAACCAAAACUCAUCUCCUUUGACAACGCAUUGAUCCAUAUGUAUGCCAGUUGUGGUGCGAUAGAUGAAGCGCAUAGGGUAUUCAGGGAGACGCACUGUAAAACCACUGUUUCAUGGACUAGUAUGAUCAUGGGUUUUGCAAAACAGGGGCUUGGAGAAGAGGCAAUUAGAUUGUUUCAGGAGAUGGAGAGAUUGACAGAUGACAAUAUUAAACCUGACGAAGUAACAUUCUUGGGUGUUAUGUCUGCGUGCAGCCACACAGGAAAUGUUGACAAGGGAUGGCAUUAUUUUUGGAGUAUGAGUCAGACUUGGGGUAUUGAACCAAGGAUUGAGCAUUACGGCUGCAUGGUUGAUAUCCUGUGCCGUGCAGGGCUGUUUGAUGAAGCGCUCAGCCUUGUUGCUUCUAUGCCCAUAAAGCCUAACGAUGUUAUAUGGGGUGCCCUUCUUGGUGGCUGCAGGAUUCAUGGAAACAUGGAGCUUUGUUCACAUGUAGCUCGAUUGUUUUCUCUGGAAAUUGAACCCGAAAAAGUUGGAGGGUACAUUAUGCUCAUGUCGAACUUAUAUUCUGCUGCUAAAAGGUGGCAGGACGCUCACUUUGUAAAGCAGAGGAUUGCUGAAACUGGAGCAAGAAAACCCUCUGGUCGAAGUUGGGUUCAAAUGGACGAAAUACUCCAUGAUUUCGUGGUAAAUGACUAGGUUAAUAAACCAUCAGAACUCGAUCCCUACUGAUAUGCUUGGUCUGCCCACCAGAGAAACUGAAUUGCAGGGUACUUCAAUACAAAAGAGUUUGUCUUGAACCUCAAUUUGACAAUUUCAAUGUAACUUGUUAUAAGUAGCUGAAAAAACAAAAGGCUCCGGACACGUAUCAUCUUGAGUUGCCAGUUGAAAUUCGUCAAACUGAUUUUUGUUUCAGAAAGAACUGAUGCACUGGAGGAUGAUCACAUAAAUCCUUCCCAUGCUCACAUAGUCACAUCUGAUACUGUGGGGAUCUUGGCAUCGUUUUGGUACUGAGGAGUGAAGGACAUGCUCAAAUCAUACGACUGAAGUGCUCUUGAAAAAUCGAAAUAGUUCAUACCGUGAUUAAUUUGUUGUGACUUGUUUUCACUAAAUUUAAUUUCAUCUUAAGUCACUUUGUUGAUCAUAGAACUAUCACUUAUAUGCGUAUGAUUUGCAUUCUUGCAUUUAAUCCUUGAAAGGCC